GUAAUCUUAGUCAGGUUAACUGUAUGCAAAUAUAGCUGCUGACAUCUUGAAUAUCAUUUCCAAGGAGUGUGGCAGGAUUCACUACUGAAAGUCUGGGAUGGAUGGAAAUACCAGCUGCUUCAGACAGAGUUGGAAAGCCUCCACUUAUGAAAAAUUACAGGAUGCACAGCUGCCCCGGGGAAGGAGUGGUUAAUCCGUUAGCGUCGCCGGGUCGGUGUGGAGCAGCUCGCCGGUCGUCUCUGCGCUGCGUUUGUGUCCGUCAGCCGUUCGUUGCCCUGACAUUGUGGAAUUCAUCAACAGCUAACGCCUAGCUGUUAGCUGCUAGGCGUUAGCGGCUAAACUACCCGAGGAAACCUGCUCCUCUUCAACAGCUGCCGAGGCAAGAGAGGUGUACCCGUCCUGACCGGCUAUGGAGUGGUGUUGGCUUCAGACUGGAUGACAGCGUCCACAGGAAGGACAAGAAAGCAACGUUUCUAAAUCAGCAACACCCUUCCCUUUGGAGUCGGCUGAUCGGCAGUGACAGCUCGUUCAAGCAUCGUCCUUUUUCUCUGAUUGGGAUCCCCUACCUUCCCCGUCCCUCUUCCCUCUUCCCUUCUUUUUUUCUUUAUUUUCACCCAUAUCUUCUCCUUUAGUUCCCCCCCUGAGCUCUUGAGCUUUCUGUCCUGGGCGCUUUUGUGUCUGGACUCAGAAGUUCCCUUUUCACUUUUUUUUGUUUUGUUGUUUUGUUUUGUUUUGUUUCCCCCCCUUCCCUCCCUGGUGUUUGAGUCUGUGAGACCUUUCACCUGCCUCCCGCUGGGUUCGGAAUGAGCUGGCUUAGCAGGUUGAACCCACGGUCCGGCCGCAGCGCCGUCGCCUCCGCCGCCCCCUCCAGCCCGUGCACUGCCGACCCGGAGACCUGCCUGAUGGUGUUUGAGAACCACUGGAGACAGGUCUCUUGGGUUUUGGAUCAGCGAGAAACGUCAUCCUCCAGCGAUGACCUGACUGCGGUGCGAAACAACACCGACCAGAUGUUGUGUCUGCUGGCGGAAGAGCGUCCCGCCGAGAGCUCAGAGGGCGGCUCUUGCGUGACGCUCAUGGGCCCCAUCCUUGAGCUGGUCGUCACGGAGAACAUCCUGGAGCGCCUGGUUCAAUGGCACCUCUGGCGCGGCCUGGACCCGGACAGCCAGGGGGCCCUGCUCAAACUGUUCGAGAUGCUCAUCGGCCAGUCCCAGCAGCCUCUGCUGCAGCACACGGCUGUUCUCCACCCCCUGCUGAGGCUGCUGGGAGCAUGCGCCGACCCAGAACUCGGCUGUCCCCCGGCCUUGGAGAACAGCCUAGUACUGCUGCUUAAUCAGGUUUGCGUGUCCAUGGCCCGGCAGCCGGUGGUCCUGGAGAUGCUGUUCCAGGCUGCGCCGGUCCAACAGGGCUCCACCAACCUGCUGAUCUUCUCUCUCCUCGCGCCGUUCAUCCACCGGGACGGAGCCAUUGGCCAGCAGGCCCGAGACGCACUGCUGCUGGUGAUGGCGGCCUCGGCCAGUCACCAGGCAGUGGCGAGAUACAUCGCCGAAAACUCCUAUUUCUGCCCGGUGUUGGCGACGGGGCUCAGCGCCCUCUACUCCUCUCUGCCCAGGAAGAUCGAGGUCCGCGGAGACGACUGGCAUUCGCUGCGGCGGGAGGACUGGAUGGGCGUGUCGUCCCUCGUGCUCUUUAUGAACUCCUUGGAGUUCUGCAACGCCGUGGUGCAGGUGGCACACCCCCUGGUCCGCUCUCAGCUCCUGGACUACCUCCACAACGGCUUCCUCGUCCCCGUCAUGGGCCCCGCCCUGCACAAGUCGUCGGUGGACGAGAUGAUCGCCAGCACCGCCUACCUGGAUCUGUUCUUGCGCAGCAUAACGGAAACAUCGCUCCUCAAAACCUUCCUGCGCUUCAUCCUGCUGCAUCGCCAUGACAAUGACACCAUCCUGGACACGCUGCUCACGCGCAUAAGCAGCAAUUCAAGGCUCUGCAUGGUCUCAUUGAGUCUGUUCAGGACGCUCCUGUCCCUGCAUUGUGAGGACAUCAUGCUACAGCUUGUUCUCAGGUAUCUCCUUCCCUGCACCCAUGUGAUGCUGAGUCAGCGUCGUGCCAUCAGGGAGACGGACAUGUAUGGAAAAUCGGCAAACAAGUUCCUGUCACUGAUCCCGGAGUGCUGUCGGCUGAACGCAUCCAGCUCCACCGAUCGCGACGACGACAAUCCAUUCUGGGGCAAAGUCAUGAACAAUCCAAGCACUGAAGCUCCACCCAGACCCAGCACCCCGUCCCGCUUGUCGUUCUUCAUGCGGCAGCAGAGCAGCAGUGGCGGCGGCGGAUCGGGAGGAGGAGGUUCAUCUAACCUUCCCGCCGUGGAUCCGCUGCACCCGAGUCCAUCCGGGUCCCACACUCUGUCCCCGGACAGUCCCAUGCACCAGCAGCAAACCCUCACGGAGUGUUUGGAGUGGGACGCGGGGUACCUGGAGUACCUCAAGGACGCACGUCGGGGAAUCGAGCAUUGCGCCUGGUCCUGCCGUGAUUGGUCCGCGCCUUACGACGGAGAAAACCCUUCCCCGAGCGCAGCCCCUCCGCCUCCCCCCACCUCCAACGCCUCCAUGGCCAUGUUCCCGGAGCAUUUCUCCUUCCAGCACGGAGGAAGCGGUGGCACUCCUCCAGGCCAGCAGAGGGCUGCCGUUGUGGCGGCAGCGCGGUCAGAGUGGAGCAGUUCGGACCGGGACAGCGGUGAGUGGGACGUCACAAUAGGCAAAAACAACUGCAUCAGUCUCACGCCCCGCUCCAAGAAGCGCACCCUUCAAACGGAGGAACUGCUUCCCAAACCAGUGCCGCCACUCAUCCCGUCUUCGUCUGCUGCCUCCGCUCUGUCAGCUUCACACUCCACCUCCUCCCCAAGUCAGCACCUUUCCACGUCCACCAUCACUGUGAGCUACCAGCCCAUGUAUAACGGGACAAUCGCGCAGGCGGACGGUUGUUCGGACAGCCGGGAUAGAGGACUAGAAGUGAAAAAAGUCAAAAGAGACUUAGGGGAGCAGCAGUUCUUGGAUGAGAACGCCAACCAGAACGGAUCUCCCAUCUCUUACUCCUCCCACAGUCACGCCGCCGUCCCCCAGUCAAUUUUCAGCAACAGGAACAGCAGCGACAUGAAGUCUCUACAGUUUCCUGCCCCCGAUACCAAACCGCUGACCAACUCAGGCCCGCACAGCAUAUCCUCAGAUCUUCCAGAAACCAACCAACCGUCGCAACAAUCCGUGGAGCGGCUCAUAGAAGAACUGCUGGAACAGGCGCCGGACGACCCCCAGCAGCUCCCCGGAGACGCCAAUGGUCAGGGCAUCAGCAUCGAGGCCUUCACCCAGGAGCUGCGGGAGCUGGAGGACCGGGUGAAGGAGCGAAGCCAAGCCGCCUCCCUGCAGCCUGACGCCGCUGCAGAAUCGCUGUCCGCCGAGCAGCAGGAGGACGAACAGCUUUCCACCGCUCUGAACGCGAAACUGACUGGUGACGUCAAAGGGGAGGGGUCCGAGGUGGGAGUCUAUAGUCCUGCCAGACCGCUUAACCAGCCUGCCUCGCAGCCAUACACGGGCCCGUUCAUGGUGGUUCUGUUUGCCAAGCUGGAGAACAUGCUCCAAAACUCGCUCUACGUCAACAUCCUGCUCACUGGCAUCGUAGCCCAGUUGGCCUGUUAUCCUCAGCCCCUCCUACGCUCCUUCCUGCUCAACACCAACAUGGUCUUCCAGCCCAGCGUCAAGUCGCUGAUCCAGGUUUUAGGUUCUGUGAAGAACCGCAUUGAGGCAUUUGCAGCUUCUCACGAAGACUUCCCUGCCAUGCUGAGGAAAGCCCAGCAGUACCUUGUGGCUCGAGGGAAAGUGGACUGGACCGACAUGGCUGCCGCCGUUCCCCCACUGCGCCGCUCUGAUUCACUAGUGAAAAGCCGAAAGCCGUCGCUUGGAGACCUGAUCCUGCGGCACACCAACAGCCCCACCCGCGCCCGGCACGCCGCUCAGCUGGCGCUCGCUCACGUCCGGGACGGCGGCCAAUCGCUGCACAGCGCCUUGUUCCGGGGCGGCAGCGGCUCGUCCGGCCUGGAGAAGCAAGCCGAGGCCUUGCGGGUGAAAAACGCCGUCUACUGCGCCGUCAUUUUCUGCGAGUUCCUCAAAGAGCUGGCAGCCACGGCUCAAGAGCACGCCGUCACUUUACCUUUCCCUCGGAGCCAGAAGGCCGAGGAGUAGAUUGGUAAACACAAACCCUUUGAAACUCGACUCUUUGGAUUUUCUUCUCUUUUUUUUUUUUUUUUUUUAUUCAUUUGAAGCUGUAAAACAUAUUUCUCCCUUCGCCAGACUCGCGCACUGAGACUUUCUGUCACUGAAAUAUUAAUCUGCAAUGGUGCAGAUAGGAAACCAGGAGGAAAACGGUGGCAUUUUUCUACCAAAAUUAGCAUAGGAAACGUAAAGGAUUGGAAUUGUUGUUUUAACAGAAGAUCUUGUGCAUAUCAUGUAUUAUAUUUACAUUCUGUACACAUUAAGUCUCACUAAACACUUGAGAUUUGGGAGCUUGUAAAUAAAGCCACCACGCCGUGGUGUUGUAAAGGAAGUAGGUGCACAUACUGGUGCUAGUUCAUACUCCUUAUGUUUUCGUCAGGAAGCGUGCUUUCAGGUGGCACAGGCAAGAAGAUGGAAACAGAACACCAAAUAUUUCUUGGCCGGGAAACAUUGAAAGUAUAAAGAUAAGUUUUAAAGGAAAUCAAUAUUUGUACAGCAAGCCUGUCUCAGCUUUCAUCAAGGCAUUUAAUCUUCUGUGUAGGUCCUGGUCAAGGAAAGAGCAGGUCCGACUCGGUGACAUUAUCAGAGUCGAUUGUUUUGAAACGACGGCUAAAAACUGGAGAGAAAAAAACAGGGGAAGCGUUUUGUUUAAUUUUUUUUUUCUGUAAAGGAAUUACAGAACGUCCUGGAAAGUGUUAGGUAAUUAAAUGCCAUUAUUAUGUGUAAUUUUUUAUUUUUAUUUUAAUUUGCACCUUUUACUUGACAUAUCAGCAGCAUGUGGGUGUAGGCAUGUGCCAUUGUGUAAGUUCAUUUUGACUCCUGUCCGAAGGCGACGCCAGUUUUUCAGGCCAUUAUUGACUCAUCAGUCCGUCUCCGUAAAGCAGCUGGGGACAGAAAAGACAGCACUGUCGUUUUUUUAUUUGUUGUUUGUUUGUUUUUUUUUCCCCUGUCAUUUUAAGAGGUUUCAAUUGACUUGCAAUUGGUUUGAAAAAAAAAAAUCCCUCGAGGCAUUCACUCUUCUCAGUUCUUUGUUUUUAAUAAGUGAGAUGCAAAUUAAGAAUCCAUCUAUUUAGUUUUUACUUUUUCCCCUUGUGUCUUGAUAAAAGGCCAGAAUGAACAUUUUGUCUUAUAAAUUAACAUGCUGCUAUAUAUGUUGUGUUUUGUCUGUUUUAAACACUAACAUUGAUUUAAUUAAUGUCAUAGCCACUGUUUCUGCAGUUUGUUGGUAGGUACCAGAUCUAAAUGUGUGUGUGGGUGAGGAAGCCAGUCAUGAUCAGUGUUUUUCUUUUUUUUUUCUUGUAGCAUCAAAGGUUGAAUUAAGUUGCAGUUCAGUGUUAGAAGCUUUUGCCAAGUUUUCCCUUCACUUACUUGACGAUUUAUUUCCUGCGCUUUUACUAUAGAGAUGCAGCGAUCUGAAUUUUGGGGCUGAUUUCUGAUCUCUGGAUUCUGCGGAGUCUGUCGGGUCAGUUUUGUCUCCUGCAGAUUGGUUUCGAUAGACCAGUAAAAAAAAAAAGCUAAGAACGAUUUGAAAUAUUUUCUCUGAUUAUAUUAGAACCGGCUGCAUAAGGUGGAGAGGUGACAUCACACAGAUUUAAAAUGUCUUUUCUAUCUUUUUAUCAACGAUUAUUGCAGUUAGCAUGCUAGCAGUGCUACAGCUGCAGUCUGCAGUUUUUAUUUGAAUGUGUAGAUUUUUAGAAACUCGAGAUUUGUAAAACUCCACAUUGGAUGCGGUUGAAGGCUCAAAUGGGUAACGGCUCGUUUUCGCUGUGAAGUCUUUGCUUCUUGCUCUCUGCUGCAGCCCACAUUAGCUCGCUAAUGUCUUCUUGCAUCUUUCUACUUCCCAGCUUUACACUGGAAACGUCUGAUUGGCUGGUGACUUUUUGGGGACUGUCGAGCUGAAACUUCUCGUUGCAUCUCUAUUUUAAAUGAUGGAGGACAGAUUGAUAUGAUCACUUCUACUCAUCGCUUUACUGUGGAACGCGUUUCUUUGCACAUGCUAACUGUCUCUCUUUCUCCAAACUCCGAGCAGCAGAGAGAAACUGCCUGACGUCCUGUAACCUCUUUAUCUCUGAAAUAUAAUUUUUUUUUUUUUUUGACAUUUUCAUCUCUUCUACCUUUUAGGGGGAAAAAAGGCUUUUUCCUCUUGUUAAAGCCAUGUCUUUUAUCACGUUUGUACGCCACUUUUCUACUGACUUUCUAGAUCCAUUUCAUACCAGCCCACAGUUUUUUAUUGACAGGGGGUUUCUGCAUGCCGGUUCAGGCCAGGUUCAACCAAACAUAGGUUUAAUCGUGUCUCAUGCAGCGCAUGACGAGCUUCUGUCACAGACAUCAUCCCCCUUUAUCUGCAGGAGUGAGUGGAGACGGGCAGGUUCUCCGCUGAAUGUUUCUCUUUACAUGUAAAGUUUACCCACUGCCACCCAUCGCCUCACUCCUCGGUGGCCUCGUCAGGUUCCUCCUCCAAAACUCAAGAUUUUCUUGUUGACCAUUUGGACCCGAUUGUAAAGGGUCUCGGUGGAUUCGCCGUUGUUUCUGGAGCGAUCCUGGUCACUGACCCCGUUUCUCUUUGAUGCAUUCAUGGACACCAAAGACAAUUUUUCACGUCUACCCUCAGUAAUCAUCCGUCCAAACUUUAACCUUUUAUGGUUUUUCUUUUUUUUUUAGAAAGUGCCAACUAUGUUUUUGAGGUUUGACGUUAACAACCAGGCAUGUAUGAUUUUUUUUUUCCCUUCUUUGUUAUAAUUCCAGUUCCUCCCUGAGUCAUUUCCCACCUUUUCAUUUAAAGACAUUACAAAAGGCAAAAGGCAUUUGAUGAGCGAACAUGUCCUUCCUGGGGCUUUAAUGUCUUCCCGAUCUGUAAACACACCUUUAUUCAGCGCAUAUGUCGAAUAAUAACCGGCAAAAUAAAACAAGACGACAACAAAAAGCACAAAUUAAGAAACAAGACGAAUUCAAUCAAAGCUUCUUUGUCCUUGAAGUUUAUUAUUCAGCUUCACAAUAGUUGCCUCUCGUUGGACGCACUCCCAGCGAUCACGGCGGUGAUUGUGAAAGUAUGUAAAAAUAGAAAACGCCAAUUAAAGAGGUCAUCCCUGGCAGCUGGGGGCGGAGCUUUCACCGAUCAGGCGCAACGUUUCAAUCACCGUCUGCAGAUUCUUUCAUUUUCGUUGACUUUUUUUUCUCGUCAAAUUUAGACGUCAAAGAUUGAGAAGAAAAAAAAAACUUUUUUUUUUUGUUCCUUUUCUCUUUUAACUGACAAAAAUAGUUUUGAUUGAUGAACCUCCAGCUGGCAAUCAGCACAUUGUGCUGAUAUCCAGCUGAUACACUACAGUUGAUCCGACAUUCACCAAAAUUUCAUUUACUUUCGGGUUUUUGUCAAAACUCAGAACGUUUUGCUUCUCGCCUUCUCUGCAAACACAAGUUUUGUUCUCUUGCUCCACUUUCCUUUAGGUUGUUCUUUUCUCGUGGAUGAAAAAUGUAACUGGAGCACAUUUAUUUUAUGGUGUGUUAUGAUGCAGUGUUUGUUUUUUUGUUUUUUUUCCCCUCAUAAUCGGAUGUUUAAGCUCUUUCUGUAUGUUUUUUUUUUUUCUCUCUCUCUCCAACUUUUCAUCUCCUGUGCAAUCUAUGCAACACACUCUGAUAUCCCUGCUCUGGAGCUGAAUGAAGAUGUGGAAUGAUUUUAACUUGUAAAUACUGUUUUGAAAAGAAAAAAAGAAAAGCUCAAUCAGAUCGAUCGAGAUGUGUGGAAUAACCGACAGAAUGGAAACGGUUUCCAAAUGAUGUAACGAUGAAUGUUGUCGUAAAUAUUUUUUUACAUUUUGACGUCGCUAGGAGGAAAAAACAAAAACUGACACAAAAACAACAAAAAACUCACAGUGGGAAAGCUGUCGGAAGAACACUACAAAGGGAAGUUUUUAUUAAUUUAUAAAUUCAUUGCUUAGCAAUA